CGCUCCAGGGUCCAGGGACUGCCCCGCGCACGCCCAGCUCCGCUACUUCUCGCACCGGCCGCGCUCCCAGUCUGCAGUUUCGCCUCCGCCGCCAUGACGACCGCCUGGCUACUGCUGCUGUGCGCUCUGGGCGUGGCGGUGUCGCUGCCUCAGGGGCGGCAGGGCUGGUGGCCCGGGGUGCUCACCCUGCCGCCCGACCUCCCGGACAGCGCCACCACCAGCACCACGACGACAGCGACGCCGCCACAGCCGCCGCCGACGCCACCGACGCCACCCCCACCGACAUCUACGGGUGCGCCGGCGUCUCCGGUGCCCUGCGACUGCCCGACGCCGCCGCAGUACAACCCCGUGUGCGGCUCUGAUAACCAGACGUACACCAACCCACAGAAGGUUGAGUGCGCCAACACUUGUGGGCAGCGCGUGACCAUCCUCUACCUGGGCACAUGCCAGCUGAGGAGGAAGUAAACCCCGUCUGAAGGAGCGUUGGAUCUAGCUGGAUCUGGCUGAAGUUGGCUUCUGCAGUCGUCUGUCUGUGCUACAUCUUCUCCGCCUUCUCCGCUUGCGCAGCUGAUUCAACUCAAUGUUCAUUUAAGAUGAUACGAACUGCAACACGAAAACUACAAAGUUGCUUUUUGACAACCAAGCCGUCCACUGUGGCCGAGCGGUUCUAGGCGCUUCAGUCCGGAACCGCGCUGCUGCUACGGUCGCAGUUUCGAAUCCUGCAUCGGGCAUGGAUGUGUGUGAUGUCCUUAGGUUAGUUAGGUUUAAGUAGUUCUAAAUCUAGGGGACUGAUGACCUCAGAUGUUAAGUCCCAUAGUGCUUAGAGCCAUAUGACCAUUUGACAACCAAAAAUCAAUUCUGAAAUGAACAGUUUCGUGGCAUGUUUCACUAUAUAAUAAGAAAAAUGGUACCCCAACUAAAGUAAGAGAUAUUUUUUAAAAAAUAACGAAAAAUGAAUAACAGUAAUAAGAAGUAGUAGGUACAAUUUUCGUAAGUUGUUCACUCGUAAUACUGAAGUUAUUUCAUCAUUAUAUUUUACUGAAGAAUGAUCGCCGUAAGUGAUGCGUUUGUUCCUAUUUUUGUUAAUAAAUAUUUUCCAC